GGUCGCGCCACGCGUCGUACCGAAUUCACGUGACACGUGUCCCGACAUGUCUGCCACCGUCGACUCGCCCCUGCCAGCCUCCGGCGAUGUGCAUGCCUUCCAGCCAGAACUGCAAAAGCCAGACGUAGCUGGAUAUCUGACUUUCUCAAGUUCUGAAGCAGCAUGUCUUCCGCAGAUGCUGCCCCGAGGCAGGCGCAGGCCAAUGCCGCGCCUGCAGUGCAAGAGGAGUCGACAUGGCGUAGAAUGUGGAGUAUGGCCCAGCAAUUAUUGAUCAUGUAUCUAGUGAUGCAAGUUGCUACGAAGUUUUUUGCCCCGAAACAACCGGAUGCUGCCGCACCAUCCACUGCUACCCAAGACGAUAGUCAUACAGCACAGCAAGGCUCGAAAGGGGUAGCCGCUCAACAGGCGACUCCGGGAUGGUCUCUUGGCAUACCGCUUGCCAUGCAUGUGUACUUCUCGACCUCACCGGAUAGCGCAGACGUCUUCGCGAAUCAAUGGACCUCCGACCGUGGGUCGAGCAAGAACAAGUUACCGAACUUCGUCUGGGACAACAUCACGUAUGGCGACUUCAAGGAGUCGCGAACGGUUGACCUGAUGCUAGACCUGCCGCUUAGUGUACAACACAAUGGUUCCCUCUGGGCUGAUAUAUACCUGGUGAAGGACGGCGCCAGCCCCGACCCUUCCAAGUCGAACUACGACACCCGCGCUGUCCACCAUGCGAGGAAGUUGCUGACACGGUAUUUGCCAAAGACCAAGGCUCGCAAAGAGAAGAAUCUGCUCGGUGGCGGCCAAGAAGAGAAUGCGGGGGAACUCGAAGAACCUCAGCAGGCCGACGUCAUCGUGUCACAUUGGCAUCCUAAUCUCACGCUGGCUCUUGUCUCGGAUGCGACAGCCGUUCCAAUCACCAAGCUUCCCGAGCCUGUCGCAAGACACGUCGAAGUCUACGCCGAGACUGACCAAUCCGGGACUAGAGUAGUCUACAAGCCUAUCGUAUACCCGAAUGACUUCUGGCUGCUCCGUUCGCAAUUUAUCGAGAUCAACAGUACCACUCCCCGACUUCCUCUCCAAGUCACCUUCCAGCCCCUGUCGUAUUGGAAGUUCCAAAUCUUCGCUACCAUGACACAAGGGUUCGACGAGGCCGCCAAACAGCAGGGUGGUGCAAGCGGCGCAGAGCUCGACGAGAUCAAGCGGAUGUUGGUCGAAACGAACCCGUGGUUCUUGGGCUUGACCGCGUUGGUCAGCGUGCUGCAUGUGGUAUUCGAGAUGCUUGCCUUCAGCUCGGAUGUGUCGCACUGGAGACAGAAGCAGGAGCUCGUCGGUGUAUCCGUUAGGUCAAUCGUCACGAAUGUCGUCGUGCAGAUCAUUAUUCUACUGUAUCUCGUAGACAAUAACGAACAAACAAGCUGGAUGAUCCUAAUGGGCUCUGGCGUUGGAGUCCUCAUCGAGGCCUGGAAGGUUGCUUCUGUCCCCUAUGUUAUCUUGCGUUUUUCUGAACUCGAUAGACAUGUUCUAAGUGAGGACGAGAAGAAGACGCAAGAGUACGACAAGCUCGCGUUCCGCUACGUGUCUUACUUCACAAUCCCAUGCUUGGCGGGCUAUACUGUGUACUCGCUGCUCUACGAGACACACAGAGGCUGGUAUAGUUUCGUCAUCUCGACGCUGACGUCCUUCGUAUACAUGUUCGGUUUCGCUCAACUCAUCCCGCAACUGAUCAUAAACUACAAACUCAAGAGCGUUGCCCACAUGCCCAUGAAGGCGAUGAUAUACAAGAGCUUGUCGACAGUUGUGGAUGAUCUUUUCGCAUUCUGCAUCAAAAUGCCGGUAUUGCAUCGAUUGGCAUGUUUCCGGGACGACGUUGUGUUCCUGGUCUUCAUCUACCAACGGUGGAUAUACCGAAUCGACCCGAAGCGGGUGAACGAGUACGGUCAAGUGAUGGCGUCGGAAGUCGAUGCCGUACAAGCGAAGGGUGGGAAGGAGGACGCAGAGACGAAGAAGAACAAAUGAUCAGUUGGAUCAAUUUGGAUGACCAGCUUGAAGUGCUCUAUUUAGGUGUUACACGUUGACGAUGCCCGAUUAGCACUGAGCUGUGUCACUUGCUGCUGCGUUACGUCGCUGA